AAUUAGGAGCCUUCAGUCACUGACAGCUUGGGGAGACAGGACCCACUUUAGUGUGUUGCAGCGGGGAUUCAUACGCACGGACACGUUUAUUUGUGGCUCAGGCUUAAUCAAAUAUUGUGAUGCAGCUGAAAAACAACAACAUGGAGAAACGCACGGAUCUGGCCUCGCUGUUCUGCACGAUCGGGCGCCACGGUCCCGCCGUGGCUGUGGUUGUGAUUGCUAUGGUGUCCGUGGUGGCGGGUUUCAUUAUCUACCGGACCGUGAAAGGGAAGCGGAGGAAUGCCGAGGCUGGGGCCGGACACGGCGGCAGCAGACCCGGAACGCUGAGAGACACGUCGCUGCCGCAGCCGGAGAAGGAGCUGAGUCCGGAGUAUGAGGCACUCAGCUGUGAGGAGUCAACAGAUAUGAGUGAAGCUGUAUCAAAUGCCAGGGACACAGAUGCAACUUGGAGUCUGUCUAAACUGAGAAAUCGUCGUCCCAUCUCUGGGAAAACUCAGUCUUCCAGUCCGUCUAAAAGAGAAGUGGGACCAGAGGAACUGUGCAGUGCUUCACAUAUGGACAAGAUUUCCAGUAUUCCUUUAACAAAUGCAGAAGAGGCCAUUAAGAGCCUCCAAGAUGACAUGUGUGAACUAAAGGAUUUGAAUGUGGAGUGUAAGGGCUACAAAUGUGAUCUCGUACCUCCAAAGGAUUCAGAGGAAGACCAUAGUAUCUCCGUGGAGCCUGUAGUGGUUCGUGAGAGUCUUGGAAAGAAGGUACAAGGCUUACAGGAAGGUGAGGUGACUACACAAGAUGUGUCAAAUGAAAUGCCCUGUCGGGAGGAAGCAUAUCUAUGCGAUUUGAAUGGCCCAGUUUGCCGAGAGGGGAAGACUCCAAUAAAUCUAAAUGAAAAUGACAAAAAUUGUCAGGCCGUUUCAGCCUCUGACACAGAGGGUUACUUUGAAGAGCCUACCAUUCACAUGCAUGAGUCCCCUUUGUGUACAAAAAAUGAGGAUAAGAUUUCAGUCCUUGACACCUCUGGCUUCAAUAAGCCCCACCCUGCAAACGAAGACUUUAAUGUGACACUGCAUAAGCAAGUAGAUAACCAACUUAUAACUGUGACAAGUGUAACAAUGCCAGCCAUUCACGGUGCAGAUGCUGAACGGAGUCCAAAUGAUGAUGUGACUGAAAACAAGCUCACCAAUCUUGGCGAUUUAUCAGUUAAUCAUGCUGCGCUACCAUCUAGCAAAGAACCAAAACUAAAACAAGAUUCUUCUACCUGCAGUAAGGAGAACAUUGAGAAUGUCAAGCAAUCUUCAUUUGGUGAACCACAGGAAACCUCAGCUCUAGUUUUAAGUCCUGUCCUACCAUGUUUGUCAGUUGAGCCUGAAACUAUUCAAGAUGAUCAGACCCUGCCUCUAGUUGGCCUACAACCAGAAUACAUAAUGAAUGAUGAAGUAACCACUGAAUUGGCUAAAGAAACAAGUAGUGCCCUCUUUGAACUUUGUUGUGCAUGUCCUCAGAGUGAAAUUGAUGAAACUAUUAACAUUUUGAUUCCUAAAGAAAAUGUAGAAAUACUUCUGUCUUCAGCUGAUGGUGAGGCCAAUGCAGUUGUUAGUGAUGAGUUCAGUCCUGCUGCCUCUGUGUCUACAGAAAUGUCUUGUCCUGAUGAAUCUUCCUUCCAAAACCAAGAAAGUGAACAAGUACAAAAUAUGAAAGAUCUGCUUGAGGUCCCAACUGCUCCUGCCCCAGUCAUGGCUGAGAGCAUAGAACCUCAGAUUGGCAAGGACCAGCUGUUAUCUGAAAAUCAAAGCAAGUUAACCUCAUGCUCAUCUGAUCUUGAAGAGCGUGGGAUUUCAGGCAUGAAAGUUGGCCCUGAUUUGCGUGAUGCUGGGGAGUGUCCCUUAACCCUUGAGAACAUGCGGUUGGCUGCAGUGGAUGAUCAUCUACAAUCUCAAGACCAGGCUGAAUGUCAAACCACAAUGGCUGACUUGCAGUCUGUCAUUAAGGAAGAGCCAGUAGAUGCAGUAACUCACUCUUUAAAUGAUUCACAACCCCUUAUUGAGGAGACCGAUAAAGCCAAUGAUGACUCCUGUACAGUCAAUGAGGUGUGUCAUGAGACUGAAAGUUUCAACAGAGCAGUAGGCCAACUCUCAAAUGAUGCACACACUGUGUGUUUACGUGAAGACCUCGGAAUGAUGGACACAAAGAUUGUCAUAGAAGGCAAGGAAGAGGACAAAACAACUGAAAUCAAUAUUAUGGAGGCAACUAUGGAUAACAAUGAGUGGAUCACAGAUGGUACUGAUCAAGUUCCUCCCUGGAUGAAGAGUUCUGUUCCCCUAAUUAAUCCAGUGUCUCUAGAAGAAAAUAUCCAAACUUCCUUUCCUGUAGAUGCAGCUUGCACAAAUGCUGAUGUACCAACUGCCAAUGAGAGUGAAGAAGCCAGCACAGUUCCCCCUAUUGAUGAACCCACAGAAACUGGCAAAAGGGUCCUGGCAGUCCAGCCGAUGCCCCAAAGUGUCAGCGUGAUGUUCCGGAUCCACUAUCUCACACACUCUCCAUACCAGAAGGUGGCCAUCACAGGAAACCAUUGGGAGCUAGGGAACUGGAAGGAUUUUGUUCCUCUGGAAAAGGCCAAGGAUGGGCUUUGGGCCACUGUGGUGAGCCUGCCUGCAGAGAGUUAUGUGGAGUGGAAAUUCGUGGUGGUGGACAGGGGUCAAGUAUGUCGUUGGGAGGAGUGUGAUAAUCGCUUUUUGGAUACUGGCAACAGUGAGAACCUACUUGUCCACAAAUGCUGGGGUUUAAUGUAAGAGGCAUCCAGUCAAAGACUAAAGAAAUGGACACUGAUACUAGAGGGGUCAAUAAGUAUAUGGACUGGACCAGGUAAAUGCAUUUCAUUUACCGAUUUGAUUUUUAAAGUCUAUCAAGCACUGUCUUUUGAGUAACGUUUACUGAUAACUGGGCUAGUUCUGGUUGAAAGAUUUACCUAGAUUCCUUGUAAGCAUCAUUUCAAAAAUUAAGUUGGUGUAUUUUAGGGCUGAAUCAAUUAUGCUCACAACAGUUCUAAUGUUUUCAAAGAAUUUUGAGUUGAAUUAGACCACACUUCUACCAUGGGCUGGUUAUAGCUGUAUGUUAGGGUUACAUAAUGGUAGCUUUAUAACAGUUUGUUUUUGCUAUAUUUUAUAAUGGUGCAUUUUGGGUUUGUAAUUUUCUGUUUAAUAUUGUACAUUUCAACCAUAUUUGGCCAUUGUUGAGUGUUAAACCUCUAAACCCCCUUCUGAAAGGACAUUAUUUAGAAUUCUUUACAUUGACGGUUUGUUUUGUCUGAACUGGAAGAUGAGCUACAGUCUUUUCUGCUCUCAAUAUUUAAUGUUAUGCAAACUGUCCUUAAAGUGUCUUGCAAGUGUUUAGCUUUAUGUUUUACAUGCUGCUUGAAUACUCCUACUGUGAGAAUAAAUGCACAUAUUUCACUUUCACUACAGCAAUAAUUAAAGCAAUAAUUGUUCUGUAUGCUGCAAUGGGUGUUAAAUCAGGAAUGUUUACCACUGAACUGUGGAGGUGGAACUGCUGCUUUUAUUUAAUGGCCUCUUGUGCAUGUACAGCAGUUCUUCUGUGCUAUGGGUGUGCAUUUUUUUUUUUUUUUUAUGUGAAAGAACAUGUUAGAACUUUAAUGUAUUGCUGUUACCAAUUGUAUUUGUCUUAGACUAUAUGUUGAAUGUAAUUAAAACAAAUAAACUAAUCUUUUCAAA